AUGAACUCUUCUGCAUCUUUGUCUAAUUCUGGAAAGCUCCAAAGAAACGUUUCAGCAGCCACGGUGUCAAAAGCAUUGGCUCCAGCAGGGCCAAAGAAGCCGGCGGUAUAUCCGGCCAUGCUCUCAGAAGUAGCAAAGGUUUUUAAGGAGGCAAUCAUAUUGACCAUCAAUACCAAAGACGGAUUGGAAUACCACGACACGUUCACUGGGAAAAUGUCCGUUGAUAUCAUCUGUCGAAUUAUUAGAACAAAUGACCGUAAUUUGGCGUUAUUGUUGGGAAGAUCCUUGGAUGCUCAGAAAUUAUUCCAUGAUGUUACCUAUAAUCAUAGACUAAGAGACUCAGUUCAUGAAGUUUAUGCUUUCAACCAUGUAUAUAGCGAUGAAUUGAGUGCUACUCAACAAACAGGCGUUAACGGUGUGUUCACAAUUUUGACAGAUUGUUACUCACCUACUUGUACAAGAAACAGAUUGUGCUACAGUAUUGCCUGUCCGAGAAGGUUGGAACAGCAAGCACGCCUCAACUUGAAACCUCAAGGAGGCUUGAAACGUGCAGUGUCUAGGUUAUCAUUGCAUGACAAGGAGGAAACUGAAACAUUGUGGCACAAGACAGUACCACAAUCCGUCUUGGACAAUCUUGAUAAACAAGAGAAAACAAGACAAGAAUUGAUUUAUGAGUUUAUUUAUACCGAAAGAGAUUACGUCAAGGAUUUGGAAUUCAUGACUGACUUUUACAUCAUGCCUUUGAGAAACCCAGCGAAUAACAUCAUUCCUGAACACCAAAGAGAGACAUUUAUACACACUGUUUUUGGAGGUGUAAAUGAUUUAUUGAGAUUGGCCAAGGGGUUCAGCGAAGCAUUAACAAGAAGACAACAACUUCAGAAACCAGUGAUUGAAUCGAUUGCAGAUGUGUUCUUAGACUACGUGGGUAAUUUUGAACCAUUCAUUAGAUACUCUGGUAAUAAGGUCUUUGCUAGUUUCGAACACGAAAGACAGCAGCAGGUAAAUAUGAAGUAUGCCAGAUUCUUAGAUGCUAUUGAGAAAAAACCGGAGUCUAGAAAGCAAGAUUUGUCGUCCUUUUUGAUUAAGGGUGUCCAAAGACCUGCAAGAUACCAAUUAUUGUUAUCUGGUAUCAUAAAAAAUACUAAUCCAAAAUCAGCAGAUCAUAAGGAUUUACUAAAGGCUAAGGAAGAGAUUGAGAAGCUUUUAGCAAAAAUUAAUAUUCAAACAGGUGAAAGUACUGAUCGUCAUAAGGUGAUGGUUUUGCAUAGAUUGCUCGGUAAGCAAACAUUGGAGAAUAAGUUUAACUUCAAGUUGAACUAUAACCAUAGAAUUAUUUAUCAAGUCACUUUGAACAGAAAGAGAGAUAAUGAAAAAAUUGAUUUGUACAUGUUUGAACAUGCACUCUUGCUUGUGAAGCACAAGAUUCAAAAUAAGAGGGAACAACACAAGGUUUUUGAGAAACCGAUCUACUUGCCUUUAUUAUUUGUUAAUAGUGGGUACGAAAUUCCAACCAUGAGAUCGGUUAUUAACAAUAGAUUCCGUGGUUCCUUGUUGGCUGAUCCUGGAAUUAAAAACAAGGUAGAAACCACUAAUUAUAUUGGAACUAGUUCGAACUCUAACGCAAAACUUCAGUUGAACUUCUUAGGACUUGGAAGCAACCAAGUACAUGCCAGUUUGUUUGCCGAAGACUUAACUAUUCAAAAUCAAGUCUUGCAACAGGUGCAUAACCAGCAAAAGAAGCUUAUUGAACAGAACGAUUUGUUCUCCAUGUACAAGUUUGAAACAAGAAGAUUUCACGGUAAUAAUAAGAUCAAUUGUGCAGUUCCAUGCUAUGGUGGUAAGAAAUUACUCUAUGGUACAGACUCGGGUAUAUGGGUUUCCACUGUCCGUUCCAUCAGUACCACUUCCAAUGAGAAGAUUUGCUCGGAUCCUACCAUGGUCAUCAGUAAGACCUACGUAACACAAAUCGAAGUUUUGGUCGAAUAUUCCAAGCUAUUGGUAUUGAGUGACAAGGCAUUAUAUGAGUUUGACUUGUCAUGUACUGACUCAUUGGAUCAUGUGAAGAACACCAAAUCUGGAAAAUUAAUUAUGGAUCAUAUUGCUUUCUUUAAGAUUGGUGUUUGCGAUGGAAGGCUCUUGGUCUGUGGUGCAAAAACAGGUGGCACACAUUCCGUUAGUAUUUUUGAACCAGUUAACCCAUUCGACAGAAACCAACAAAGAAAUAAGAACAAAAAGUAUGAUAUUCAAGAAGUGACGUUUUCCUCCGACCCGAUUUCCAUUUCAUUCUUAAAGACCCAACUUUGUAUUGGGUGCUCCAAGGGAUUCGAAAUUUUGUCGCUUGAAAGGGGCAUGAAGGAGCCAAUUUUGGAUGAAGCGGACCCUUCUUUGGACUUCGCCAUACAGAGAGAGUCAGUGACCCCGUUGGCAAUCCACAAGUUGGGGCGCGAAUUCUUGGUUUGUUAUGCAGAGUUUGUUUUCUUAAUUAACCGUAAUGGUUGGAGAACUAACCAUCACUGGGAUUUAUACUGGGAAGGAAAUCCACAAAACGUGGCUCUUUUCUUCCCAUACAUUCUCUCGUUUGAGCCAGGGUUUAUUGAGAUCAGGGACUUGCAUUCCACCAAUCUUUUAAGAGCAUUGGUAGGUGAAAACAUUCGUUUCUUACACUCGAAUGAACACGAAGCCAUGUAUGCGUGUGAGGAGAACGGGUACGAUAUAAUCGUCUCGAUUGAUUUCUUGAACUUGAAACCAAAAGCACCAGUUUAG